GUUAAAAAUAGGGCACUCUAGUGGAAUCCAAGUGGAAUCCACACUCUAUCAAGAGAGAGAGUGCUCAUAUUAUUCUCAACAGAUAUCAAAUGUCAAAUCUUUCAUGUUGGGAAGGUGCUAGCAAUAAAUUAUUCUGGCCAGCAUUGCACUUAACUCGUUACCUUGCACUGGCCCUGCCGACGACUCCAUACGUCAUUCCAGAUUCCCAAGUAUGGUUGGUGUCCAGUUCGCAUAGCCCUAUGAUCAUGCUGCCCCUUGUCAAGAAAAGCACAGUUUACUUUUCGUAUUGUGAAAUCCCAAGAUAGACCGCCAUUCUCAUGGAACCUGCACUAGCACAGGGGCAGAGUUGGG